UUGACCCAGAGUUCUAUCAGUAUAUAUAAAUCCGUUUGAAGAGUUCAAGGCACUCGUCUAGGCAGAGCUGCUCUUCAAAACACUACAAUGGACAAGAUAGUGAUUGUAACCCUUGCACUGUUGUCAACUAUUGAGGGAGCUUUCAUCCCCGGUGACACCCCCGAGGUGGCCCUAGCCAAGGUAGCUCACUUUGCCGAACAUAUCAAGGAGGCGGCAAGGGCUGCUGGGCAUCAGCCUGCCCCGACCUACUACGUGUCUGUUGAGGAGAAUGGUGGAUAUGCCAACGCUAGAAUGCCGGUUACUUACAUCACAGACCCUGCUUCAAGAAUGCCUGUGGCUUACGCCUCAGCUCCUGCAGCUGUUACUUACGUUCCGGCAUCUGAAGCCGCUGCAAGAAUACCUGUUACCUACAUUUCAGCUCCUACAUAUGCUUCCUACGCCCCCACUUCAGAAGCGGCAACAAGGAUGCCUGUAUCGUACAUAUCUGGAAUGCCAGUAAUAUACGCUCCAGCUCCUGUAGCAGCUGCCACUAAGAUGCCAGCUCCGAUGAUGCCAGCUCUGAUGAUGCCGAUGAUGCAUCAGGCUGACAUGCACGAUCACGCUAGAGCCGCGGCCGCAGCAGCAGCAAUGGGUUCAGCAGCGUCUGCAGCUGGAGCAGGGUUCCCAUAUGUUGACUUCUAUAAGUCCUUGGCCGACUACUAUGCUUCCACUUCCAAUCACCCUAUGAGCUCUUCGGUAUAAUAUAUCUUUGAAUAAGAAAAUAAACAAUGCUUAUUAAAUCAAGUUCUCUGCACACUUUUAUUUUCUUUAAACUAAAAAAAAACAUCAAGUGCUAAAAACAGGUCAAAAUAAUGGUUAAGUCCAAUUACUUAUUUAAUUAGAAUUUUCGUUCAUACAGAA